AUGCACACGUCUGAGCUAGUAUAUAUAAUCCCCCCGUAUCUUUUGAACACCGCCUUGGGUGCUAAGUUGCAGAAAAAAUUGGCCAAGCUAGACCCUAAGCUAUCGCAACUCAAUUACCUAUCUACAAAUUCCAAGUUUUAUAACGAUAACAGCAAAAGUAAAAGCGAUGGUAAAGCCCCCAAAUAUGAAGUUACUUCUGAAAAGCGGAAGCAGUUCUCAGACGACCCGAUAUUGAAUCAAAUCAUAAAGGAUAAACUUAUAUAUAAACUUUCAAUCGUCGGUCUUGCAGGAGAUUCGUCCCCCAUGGAGAGGUUGAAGCAGGACGAAGACUAUCUCUUCGAGAUUUUUGACACCUUUAAGAGUAAAAUUCUGUACGAUAGGAACCCUAGGCACAAGGUCGGGAUAAAGAGGUUUGGAGACGUAAGAGGAGGAAGAACAAGAAGAUCAAAUACUGGUGCUAUGUCUACAGGAGAUGGAGCUGGAAGUAUUUCACACGGUGUCGCAGAACCCGACUCGGAGUACGAUAGUUACGAUACCCUUAUCUUUGCCGAGAAUGGCGAUGACUUGAAUUACGUAGAUAUAGAAACUCUCCAUCGCAUACACGGUAUUGGUGAUGGUGACGAUGAUGGAGAUGAUGAAGAUGAUGAUAUAUUCGAAGGCGAUGACGAUGACUUCAACUUGGCUCUAGAUGAGGACGACGAUAACUUCGAUAAUGGUGCUGUGUUCAGAAAUUAUGAUGACGGACAACAUAUUGAUGGAGGAAAUGACCUGAUAGACCAAGAUACCAUCGACCAGCAAGAUUUUGAAGGACGCUCAAGUUCCAAGAAUGUGUACAAUUCGGAAAAGGUGGGGGAAUUCAAGUUGGAGGAUACUUCCAAAUAUAUUAACCAAGUAUUGAAGGAAAAUGCUCAAUUGUUUCCAUCUCAAUUUAAAACGUGCAAGUACACUGUAAAACAGUAUCAAAAGUUUAUGGGCAGUUCCCUUAAAAGCUUGCUUUUGAGAGUAGAUACCGAAGAAAAGAUGAAAUCUAAUUCAGUACCUAGCUUUGUUGAAGUUAACGAGGAGUUUUUCCAAUAUCCUCUUCCGGUAAGCUGGGUUCCUUUGACUUCAAGCAAGUAUUCCAAUUAUCUCCAAAACAAUCUUGGGCUUGAUAUUAAGAUUGAUAACGGAUUUCUGAAUAUUGAACUUUGUCAAAAAAAAGUGUUGGAUGAAAGUUCGGAAGAAAAGUCUCGUUCUAAUUAUCUGGAUUCAUACCCUUACAAGUUCAAAGAUAAAUACACCAAUUUUAUUGGUGAUAAGACUGUCCCUGCAUCAUGUGGAGUAUUCUAUUAUGAAGUUGAAAUCAAACAAAAGUGCACCGCAGUUUCAGAUUUCAGACCUAUUAUCGUCACUAAUGAAGAAGCUGUAUCUUCUAAUAAUUCAAUUAGUGUUUGUUUGGGGUUCACUCAGAGGUUUACCAAUGUAGACUUCUCCAAGAAUCCUGCAGUUGCGGCAGCUGCGAGCUCGAAUAACAAUGGCCUAGAUUCCAAGAGAGAAAUUGAUUUGGAAGUGGUUAAAAACGAUGUUGACGCAUUCAUCUAUUCAAACUCUCCAAAAGCGAGACUAGACGAUGGUCGGGAAGAAGAGUUGGAUGAUAACUCAAUGUUGGCGGAAGAUCAUGAGAAUUUCCUUUCUGUUCAGCCAGGACUAUUCAGAGGAAGUUAUGCCGUUAACUUCGAAGACUCCUUGUUUUAUAAUUCAGAGAAAGCUUCUGAGUCACUACAAAGAACAGCUGUCUUGAAUAUGAACAGGAGGCUAUCCUUGAACAGACAGAUUGUCGACGAUCAUGAUUCUGGAAAAUUGGAGCUCGGGUUUACUUUACUGACCUACUUGGAGAGAAACAGGGGAAAAGAGGAAGCCCCUUCUGGAAACUCAGCUAUCGAAAAUCACUCGAGUGAUGUUUGUGAUGUUUACAAUACUGAAAUAAUUGGAUGUGGAAUAAAUUUUUACGACAAGUCAAUCUUCUAUACAUCUAACGGUAUUCUAGUUAAAGUUAUAACCAAUGAAGAAUUAAAAACUACCAAUAGCAAUUCAGAUGCAAGCUUAUUCUUUGAUUCAGAAUCGGAAGCAUCUCGUUGGCCAUUGACUGAAGAUCUACUGAUUAGUGAGUUGAAAUCAGUUUAUCCAAUGAUUGGAAUGAAACUUAACACUGAACUAAAAUCUCACAAAGGGGCUACUUCUUCUACUAAUGUAUCACACACUAGCAUUAAAACAAAUUUAGGAUUCAAAGAAUUCAAGUAUAAUAUAAACAAUCAUAUUCGCACCUUUAGAAGUGAUAGUCAAAACUCAUUAUAUCAAAGAUUGUUGCAAAGAAUCCAAUCCCAUGCUUCCCCUGAAAAGAGAACAGAUGAAAUUGGGUCAUCUGUAAAAGAGUCUGAGAUUUUGAAUAUCAAUGGUAAGUCUACUUUAAUUAAUAAGUUAAUAAAGGGAUAUUUGAACUAUGAAGGAUAUUUGGAGUCCUUCAAAUCAUUUGAUGAUGAUUUGCAGAACUUGACAAGAGAGAUUGGAACUGAAACAGCAGAGGAAUCGGAAAGUAGUUCUAAGCGGGAGAACGUUUCACUUGAAAAUUCUCAAGCAGCUAAUAGACAGCUUAUAAUGAACCACAUCAGAAACAGUGAGUUUGAUCAUGCUCUUAAUAUUUUGUCUGUCAAGUAUCCAACGUUGUUGUCUGACACCGGGAAUGAAGUUACAAAGGGAACGACAAAUAGAGAGUUGAAGAAACAGAUUCAUAUGAAUGCAUCCAUAAUAUUCGAAUUAAAACUAUUUAAAUAUAUCAGCAUGAUUAAAGCACAUCUUGAAGAAUAUAAAAAUGGAUAUCCAUUGGGUGAAACUAGGUCCAUUGUUAGGUCUGAAAUUUUUGCCAAUAUUUUCAAUUAUGGGAAAGAAUUACUGUUAGAAUACCCUAGACAUGUAUCUAAGAUUCAAAUGUUUUCAUCACUCCUAUUAAUAAAAGAUGGGCAAUCUCUAGCUAAUUUACCUAGAGCCAGCGAUUUUUUACAAAAUUACGAUGAAAAACUUAAUUGGUUGGCCAGUACUGUCAAUAAGAUGAUAUUGUACCGUCUUGGAUAUAAGGCAAACUCUAACCUAGAAAGGAUAGUUGGUCAGGUGAAUGAUAAUGUUAGUUCGCUCGGAAUAAACUACUGUGAUCCUGCAUUCAUGUUGGUUAACUUUGAAAGAGAUUAUAUGGACUUAUAA